AUGUCUGGAUCGAUCUACCAGAGGCAACAUCGCCACUAUGACCGUGGCUACCAUAGCAAGGAGACCCAGGCCUCUUUGAGCCAGUACCAGUCCAGCAGCAGAUAUGCUGCUAGCAGCAGCACCUCCGCCGCCGCCGCCAGCAGGAGCAGGGGACUUAAACUGUCUUCACACACUGGGCUGGAAGAGAGCAGACUGAGCCCUUUACCCAAGAGAUCAAAGCCAUCUUACUUGGCUGUGGAUAAAGACAACCAAAUCAUCGGCUAUGUAGUGCCGAUCUUCAGGGGCAGUCAAGAGUUUGCAUCAGGAUUAUCCGACACAGAAGAGAAAAGGUUGAGGGAAAGUUCCGCAUACAUGGCCCGCAGAGAUCUGUUCAGCACUGGUGUGGCGAUGGAGAGGUCAGAGCAUUUCUCCAGGAAGGAGACCAUGCGUGAGACGGCCGAACGCAUCUCUCUGAACAAAAGGAUCCAUGAACACGGGGAACAUUUCAAGCGUAUGAACGAAGACAGCCUCAUGCACGCUCCGGAUUUUGUGAUUAAACCUCGCUCCCACACCGUGUGGGAGAACCAGUGUGUGCGGCUGCAUUGCACCGUCAGCGGCUGGCCUGACCCACGGGUCGUCUGGUACAAAAACAAUGUGGCAAUUGACCCCCUUGCCAACCCUGGCAAGUUUAAACUGGAGAGCAGAUACAACGUGCACUCACUGGAGAUUAACAGGUGUGAUUUCGAUGACACGGCGCAGUAUCGCGUCUCUGCUAUGAACACCCAGGGAGAGCUGUCUGCUUUCGCCUCCGUCGUUGUGAAGAGGUUCAAAGGUGAAGUUGAGGAGUCCCUGCCACUCCCCCGACAUGGCCCAGUCUCUGAAUAUGGCAUCACCUUCAAGACUCACAUUGUUGAUACCUUCGGCGUAUCCUUUGGAAGAGAGGGAGAGACCAUGAGUCUUGGAUGUACGGUCAUCAUUUACCCCCAUCUGAGCCGUUACCAGCCAGAGAUCCAGUGGUACAGAGAUCAUGUUCUGCUGACUGAUUCUAAGUGGAGCCGCAUGCACUGGAGUGGAGACCGAGCCACACUGACGCUCACACACCUGAACAAAGAGGAUGAAGGCCUCUACACUCUGCGUGUCACCACCAAGUCUGGAUAUGAAACCUACUCCGCCUACGUCUUUGUCAGAGACACUGAUGCUGAGGUGGAAGGAGCUCCAGGUGCUCCUCUCGAUGUGUGCUGUCUGGAUUCAAACAAGGAUUACAUUAUUGUCAGCUGGAAGCAGCCGGCUGUGGACGGUGGAAACUCUAUCCUGGGUUACUUUGUGGACAGAUGUGAGGUAGGAACGAACCACUGGAUCCAGUGCAACGACACUCCCAUCAAGUUCGCCCGUUUCCCCGUCACCGGCUUGGUUGAAGGCCGUUCUUACUACCUGCGCGUUCGUGCCGUCAACAAGUGUGGCAUGAGCCGUCCGUCCCGUAUGUCUGAACCCGUAGCUGCCAUGGACCCGGCCGACCGCGCACGCAUGAGAGGUACGUCUGCUCCCUGGACCGGACAAAUCAUCGUCACAGAGGAAGAACCUGCAGAGGGCGUUGUUCCCGGCAGACCUCUUGAACUUCAAGUCACAGAGGCAACUAAGAACUACGUGGUGCUGAGCUGGAAACCACCUGGAGAGAAAGUCCUGGAGGGAAUCAUGUACUACGUGGAAAAGUGUGUGUCCGGCACAGACAGCUGGCAGAGAGUAAACACAGAGAUCCCGGUCAGAUCUCCUCGUUUCGCUCUGUUCGAUCUCGCCGAGGGGAAAUCCUACAGCUUCCGCGUCCGCUGCUGCAACUCUGCCGGCGUCGGCGAGCCCUCCGACCCCACCGAGGCAACCACAGUUGGCGACAAGCUCGAUACUCCGACUGCCCCGAGCAAAGUCAUCCCAACUAGAAACACGGACACAUCAGUGGUCGUGUCUUGGCAAGCGUCUCAGGAUGCCAAAGAGCUGGUUGGAUACUACAUUGAGUCCAGUAUCGUUGGCAGCAAAGUGUGGGAGCCGUGCAACAACAAACCCGUAAAAGCUACCAGGUUCAUCUGCCACGGACUGAUGACAGGAGAGACCUACGUGUUCAGGGUGAGGGCCGUGAACGCAGCGGGGCUCAGCCAGUUCUCUGAUGAGUCUGAGCCUGUCGAGGUGAAAGCUGCGAUUGGGGGCGGCAUCCCUCAUGCCUCUCCUACUCCGCCCUAUGGCAUCAGUGUGCUGGAGUGCGUUCGUGACGCCAUGGUGUUGGCCUGGAAACAGCCGACUUUCAUCGGCGGCGCUGACAUCACUGGAUACUUCGUGGAUUACCGCGAGGUCAUCGAUGGCGUGCCGGGGAAGUGGCACGAGGCCAACAUCAAGUCUGUCAGUGACAGGGCUUACAGGGUGACCGAUCUGAAGGAGAACAGGAAGUAUCAGUUCCAGGUGCGAGCGGCCAACAUGGCAGGUGUCGGCAUCCCGUCGUUGCCUAGUGACACCUUCCUGUGUGAGGAGUGGACCAUCGCCGUGCCAGGACCUCCCUACGAUCUCCAGAUCAGAGAGGUGCGAAGCGACUCUCUGGUGUUGCUAUGGAAACCACCCGUGUACCAGGGCCGCGAUCCGGUCAACGGGGCUUACGUUGACAUCAAGGAGGCGGACGCACCGGAGGAGGCGUGGAGAGGCGUCAACACCAAAGCCGUGGAGAAGACUUUCCUCAAGAUUAAGAAUCUAAAGGAAGGAGAGACGUAUGUGUUCAGAGUUCGCGCUCAGAAUAAAGCCGGUGUUGGAAGAGCUUCAGAAGUGACAGAUCCGGUCCACGCUGUGACCAAACCAGGCACCACUGAGAUCGUUGUGGAUGUCGACGACGAUGGCGUCAUCUCCCUGAACUUCGCCUGCGCUGACCUGAACGCCGACUCCAAAUUCGUCUGGUCCAAGGACUACGAGGAGCUCACAGAUGAAUCCCGUUUGACUGUAGAGACAAAGGGAAACCUGUCCAAAGCCAUUUUCAACGCUCCUGCAGAGGAGGAUAUUGGCAUUUACUCGUGUUUCGUCACCCACACCGAUGGAGUUUCAGCCAGCUACACGCUCUCCGAGGAAGAGUUGAAGAAGCUGCUGGAGAUCAGCCAUGAUCACAAAUUCCCCAUUAUUCCUCUGAAGUCAGAUUUGGCUGUGGAGCUGAUGGAGAAGGGCAGAGUUCGCUUCUGGCUGCAGGCGGAGAAGAUAUCAGCUAACGGCAAAGUGGAUUAUGUGUUCAACGAUAACGUCCUCUCACAGGGCGAGAGAUACAAGAUGAACUUUGACAAGAACACAGGUGUGAUUGAGAUGAUUAUGGAGACUCUGACUCCGCAGGAUGAGGGAACGUUCACCUUCCAGCUGCAGGAUGGCAAAGCUAAGAACCAGUCCAGCUUGGUGCUGAUAGGAGACGUGUUCAAUCAGCUGCAGAAGGAAUCCGAGUUUAUGAGGAAGGAGUGGUUCAGAAAACAAGGUCCUCACUUUGUGGAGUAUCUGAGCUGGGAGGUGACACCCGAAUGUUGUGUUGUGCUGAAAUGCAAGGUCGGCAACAUGAAGAAGGAAACCUCAGCGAUUUGGUACAAAGACGGACGUGAGGUCAAAGCAGAGGAGCACCUGGGCUUCACUGAGGGAGUCCUGAAACUGGAAAUAGCUCAGCACCAACCUGCCGCAGACAGAGCGGACGACACGAUGUGGAGAAGAAUAAAAAUUUCCAAGAAGGAUGCAGGCGUGUACGAGGUUAUCCUGAAAGACGACAGAGGAAAAGACACAUCUACGUUGAGUCUGAUAGAUCAAGCUUUCAAAGACUUGAUGAAUGAAGUUUUCCAUGUCAUCGCUGAGUCCUCCACACCUCUGAAGAUCACAAGCACAGAUGAAGGCAUUCGACUUUACACUUUUGUCAACUACUAUAAUGAUUUGCUCCAAGUCACAUGGCAGUACAAGGACGCGGCUAUCGCCUUCUCGGACCGCGUGAAGAGCGGCGUGGUGGGAGAGCAGCUGUGGCUCCAGAUCACAGAGCCGACAGAGAAAGACAGAGGAAAGUACGGCAUCGAGUUCCACUACGGAAAAGGAAACCUGGUUCGGUCCGUCGAUCUGUCUGGUCAAGCGUAUGACGACGCUUAUGCAGAAUUCCAGAGACUGAAGGCUGCUGCUAUUGCAGAAAGAAACCGUGCUCGAGUAGCAGGAGGUCUGCCUGAUGUGGUCACCAUCCAGGAGGGCAAGGCCCUCAAUCUCACCUGCAACAUCUCGGGCGACCCCGUGCCGGAGGUCACCUGGCUGAAGAACGACCGGGAGAUCACGUCCGACGAUCACUGCAUCCUCAAGUUCGAGUCGGGCAAGUUCGCCAGCUUUACCAUCACCGGUGUGAACACAGCGGACUCUGGCAAGUACAGCAUCCUGGUGAAGAACAAGUACGGCACGGAGAGCGGGGACUUCACCCUGGAGAUCAUCGAGGGAACGCCUGACUUGGGGGUGACGUCAUACUCGACUGAUGCCGACGGAAACGUGGUGUUUGGUCCGAACACCCCGAAGGAUAAGAUGAAAGUGAACGUGACUGGAACGAAAACAAAGAAGCGAAAGGAAUCUGUAUCUAAACCUCCUCCUGCGGAAAAGAUGGCCGACAAGGAAAAAAAGGAAAGCACAAAGAAGGAGGAGUCAGGAGAGCAGAAAGAAGAGAAGAUUACAGCCGAUGUUUCUGCUCAACCUAAAAGUUCAGAAUCAGAACAGAAAGGAGACGUAAAAGAAGAAGUCGUCGCUGAGCAGUCUGAAGGCAGCGUAGAGAAAACUGAACCAGAAGCUGAGAAGAAACCAGAAAGCACGAAGCAGAACUGA